CUAUAGGGCAUGUUGAACAAAAAGAUAUGUUACAAUAUACAGACGGCCUCAUCUCAUGAACAUAACCGUUGACUGAGCACACACUGACGCGUGUAUUCUAAAUUUCUAAUCUUGGGGACGGCGCCAUCCAAUAUCAUUCAUAAUUCCUAACAGGUGUAUCCAUCAAAAUGGAAAACUAACCAAUGGACCUCACACCUGCUGGCGGUGAGCGUGACAUUCCUGACGACUUGUUCAUGUGCUCUGAGCUCUACAUUGCAGCGUUCGAGGGGCACACCGAUCAGGUCAUCGGACUUUUAGAAGGAAGCCGCGCCUCCGCGGCAGUCGCCGGGAACGGCUGGUCGUCGCCGGCGGCACAACCAACAGCUAAACACCAUGGAAACUGUAACAUUCACGAGGUGACCGCCGAGCGCUGGACGCUGCUCCACAUCGCGGCGGCGCAGGGGCACGACGACCUGAUCGACGAGCUAUGCCGCCGGGACAGCGGCCUCCUCUCCGCGGCGAGCUCGUCGGGGGACACGCCGCUGCACUGCGCGGCGAGGGCGGGGCACGCCGGCGCGGUCCGGGCCAUCGACCGGCUGGCACGCGCGAACGUGGAGGAGGACAGGCUGCGGGAGGCCCUUCGCGGGAGGAACGAGGCCGGCGACACGGCGCUGCACCUCGCCGCGAGGCACGGCCACGGCGAGGCCGCGGAGGCGGUGGUGGAGGCGGCGCCGGAGACGGCGGCCGAUCUGAACGGCGCCGGCGUGUCGCCGCUCUACCUGGCGGUGAUGAGCGGGUCGGUGCGCGCCGUCACGGCGAUCCUCUGGUGCAGGGACGCGUCAGCCACUGGACCGAAAUCACAGAACGCGUUGCACGCUGCGGUUCUCCAGUGUUCAGAAAUGGUUUCUUUGCUACUGAACUGGAAACCAGGACUGGUCAUCGAUCUUGACAGCAACAGGAGCAGCCCACUGCAUUUUGCCUCAUCUGAUGGUGACUGCUCCAUUAUCAAAGCAAUCCUAGCUCAUGCACCUCCCGGAGCUGCACACAUGCAGGACAACCAGGGCCUCUCACCGUUGCAUGCCGCGGCGCUGAUGGGCCAUGCAGCUGCUGUCCGCUUGCUGAUGCAGUUCUCACCGGCUUCGGCGGAUGUUCGAGACAAGCAUGGCAUGAGCUUUCUACAUGUUGCAGCUAUGAAAGGCCAUGCUUCCAUCAUCUCGCAUGCUGCGAAAAACAGGAUGCUUGAGCACCAUCUGAAUGCUCAGGACAGGGACGGAAACACGCCGCUCCAUUUAGCGGUGGCUGCAGGGGAAUACAAUGUUGUUUCUAAGCUGUUAUCAAGUGGCAAGGUGCAAACUCAUAUCAUGAACAAUGCAGGUUGCACACCAUCUGACCUUGUGAAGGAUUGCAAAGGUUUCUACUCAAUGGUAAGGUUAGUGGUGAAGAUGUAUGUCUCAGGAGUACAAUUCCAACCACAAAGACAGGAUCAGAUAGAGAAAUGGAACGGCCAAGAUAUAAUGAAAUGGCGAGAGACAACAUCGAAAAAUCUUGCAGUUGUUUCCACGCUUGUGGCAACAGUCGCCUUCUCCGCAGCUUUCAACGUUCCUGGAUCAUAUGGAGAUGAUGGAAAAGCAAUCCUAACCGGUGAUCGCAUGUAUGAUGCCUUCUUGGUUCUGGAUACAUUUGCUGUGGUUAGUUCAGUGACGGCAACAAUACUUCUGGUCUAUGGAAGAGCCUCCCAGUCUAACCGUUCAUGGGUAGGCUUCAUGAUCUCGAUGCACUUCCUAUGGAUGUCACUUAACAGCAUGGUGCUAGGCUUCUUCACUGCUAUGGCUGCAGUGACGAACAAGAAAGUGGGCACGAAGACAGCAAUGUCCCAAAUGAUCUACUUCGGGAUGUACUUCUUGGUAAUGCUACUCAUAAGCCUUGUAACACCAGGGUCACUUAUAGGCACUUUGAAGUUUCUGAUAGGGGGUUGCAUGGAACGACAACGGCGUGUCAAGAGACGCAUCUGCCGGCAGUAUCCCUUCACCAUUAGCUAUGUGUUUAAUGUGGUUAUGUUCAUAGUGCUAAGUUGUGUAGCCAUUACUUCCGUUGAUGUCACUAGAAACCUCCCAUGAUAGGUGCGAUAUGCUGCUAAGUGUAAUUCAUGCAAAACCAGUACAAAACUAACAAAGCAUACGACAAUCAUUGAAUAGCAUCAUGUCACUUUCAACCAUAGUAUAUAGGUUACGCAUCAUAUGUCAAUCCAAUAUAUGUAUAUCAUAAGUGACACCUUAUAAAGAUUUGCAUGCACUACACACACAAAAUGCUCGAUUUUCUUAUAUGUUUAGAAGACUUUA